AGAUGAGGAAGCAGAAGUACAGAUAUUGAGUCUACACUGGCCUUGUGGAGCUUGCAUAAAGAAAACACAAAUUAACAAUGUAGUUAAUUGGGAAUUGAUUUCCUGCAUUAGGCAGGAAAAUAGUACAAACAACAUAUUUCCAUAUUUAAUUUGUCUCACAUUUUUGGUGAACUUAAUAGCAUUAACUUUCUUAUCUCUAAUUCCCUCAGUAUUCUUUGAAUAUAAACUAACUUGGUUAAAUGUUCUGAUCACAGCAUGGCGCAGCAUAUAGCAGUCUAUAAAUCAACUGUCAUGUUAAUUUAAACUCACUGUAAGGCAAGUGUCAGUGGAGAGAGACAGAAAAGAAAAGCAUACAUCAAAAUGAGACAAUUUCGGUGGAAAUUAUGGAUAGUCAUGUUCCUGGUGGCGAGAGAGAGAGGAGGGCCAUAACAGGACCUUGGUGACAUCUCCAAACAUGUCACCACAGCACAUUAGACAGCACAGCCCUGCCCUCAGGACCAAACCACAAGAUCAACAAGGGCAAAGCUGUUUUCUCUUUGCCCCAACAGCAACCUGUUGUCCUUUAACGAAGGAGAGUCCUUCCUCGAAAGGUUGAACUGUUUGCAGGUAUCGUCUCCAAAGGAUCCAUCACAUCUUCUCAUCUGAUACAGUCUUUGGAUUUAAACCUUUCAUCCACUCAACCAUGACCGUUUCAGUCCACUCCAACCUCGGGUUUAUCCGCUCGCUGAAUGUCCUUCUGAUAUUGACUGGUUUGAGCUUGAGCAGUCCCAUCAGGUCUCUUGAGAACCACCACAGGGAAUCAGUUGGUAGGGAUGUAGGUGAUAAUCCACUACUUGAUGCACAGGACUUUCUGAGCCAGUUUUUGUCCACAAUUAACCUCACAGAGCUGAAGCCCCAGCCCAGGCCCCUCGCUGCUCGUAAGGAGCCACCAGAUUACAUGCUGGAGCUGUACAACCGAUUUGCCCAUGACCGCACUGCUGUGCCCUCGGCCAACAUCGUGCGCAGUUUCAAGAACGAAGAUUCCUCCCCUUACAGUACAACGGCCAGGGGCGUAAGGAUACAUCCCUUGCUCUUCAACAUCUCAAUGCGCCACCAUGAGCACAUAACAAUAGCUGAGCUUCACCUUUUCACCCUGAUCCGUAAGGCCCAAACACCACAUGCUGGCACCGACUGCAAGGUGACCAUCUACAAAAUACAUGAGGGUGUUGUUUGGACAAAAGAGGUGGAGAAAGAAAUGACAAGGAGGGAUAAAGAGGAGGUGGUGGAGAUGGAGCAUUUGGAGGAACUGGUGACAAAGCAUAUCCAUGCCAAAGAUAACAGCUGGGUGUCGUUUGACCUGACUCAUGUGGUUACACUCUGGCAGAAGUCAGGGUGUGCAACUCACAGGCUGGAGGUUCAUAUUGCAGGUCUGGGGUCAGAGGAGGAAGGGGCCACACAAGAGGUCACAGAGGAAGGAGGGAGAUUGGUGGAGAUUGAUGUCAACAGGAGCUUGAAGGGGAAACACAAUGCAGUGAUGAUUGUAUUCUCAGAUGAUCCGAGCAGAGACCACAAACAGGAUAAACAAGAGCUCAACCAGAUGAUUGAACAUGAGAAUGACCUUCAUGAAAACAUGGGCCGGAGCCAACAAGCUUUCUGGGGACACGUUAAUCACAACACUGGCCGUGCUAACCAGGAUGAGUUGGACAAACAGUCUCUCGUGCAACUGCAGUCCAACCUUAUCUAUGACACCCCCCCCCGAAUCCGUCGCAAUGUUAAGAGCGAGCCGUGCAAGAGGACCCCACUUUUUGUGGAUUUUAAAGACAUUGGCUGGGAUACGUGGAUCAUCCAGCCUCUGGGCUAUGAGGCAUAUGAGUGCAACGGUGUGUGCAACCCACCUAUGACCUCCGAGGUCUCGCCUACCAAACAUGCCAUAGUACAGACACUGCUGAGCGUUAAGAGUCCAGAGAGGGCAUCGCGUGCCUGCUGUGUACCAACUAAGCUGGAGCCGAUCUCACUCCUUUAUCAUGAUAACGGGGUGAUCACUUUCAACCACAAGUAUGAGGGAAUGGUGGUGGCAGAGUGUGGCUGUAGAUAGUCCUGGAAGUGAUGCUAUUACACAGAGAUUCUGAGACUGUGCGCUAAUGGAGAUAAAGAAAUGAUAAUCAUCUCAUAAAACAUCCAUCUAUCCAUCUACCUAUCUAUCUAUCUAUCUAUCUAUCUAUCUAUCUAUCUAUCUAUCUAUCAUCUCUUCUCAUGUGCUUGUUUCCACAGUAUCUAAGAUCUCACAUAGUGGUGUGUAAAAACACGAGUCUAGACUUAAUUGUAAAUUAGGGAUAGACACAAAUCAGUGCUACAUGAUGUAAAUUUGUAAUUGUAUAAACGUCGGUCAGUUGUUAUUUAAUUAGUAUAGAAUAUUUAAAGCUUUCAAAGUACCGCUGCAUGUUUGUAUUUUAGAAUGUUUUUGGUUAAGUUCCAAAUUUCAUUGUAAAUGAUAGUAACGGGCCGUAUUUUUUCACAUAUAGCAUCAGUCCCAUCCGACAUUAGCAGGCAAAAGAAGAAGAGAAAAGAAAGUUCUGAUAGCAAAUGUCUGAACAUCCUGGUAGAGAUUUCUCUUUAACUUGUUUUAGAUGAAGUGAGCACCAUGUCAUUAGGGGCUAGUAAAAAGGUUAAAUACAACAGCACUGAUAUCAGUUACAAUAACAACCUAAUGAAUAAAUGAAAAUGUAUUUGAGAUCUAUUUAUGUACAAAAGAUGUACCCUAGUUGCAAAUUUUCAAGGUACAGAAUCUGACCAAAGUGAAGUUUAGGCUUGGGUUAUUGUACAGAGUGUACAGAGUGUACUAAAUAACCUUUCACACACCCUAUUGCAAAAUGUAAAUGUAUUGUUGCUAACUUUCCUCACAGACCUUCUUCAAAACUGUAUUUUUUCAUCUACAUUUUGUUAAAUAAUUCCUAAUGCAGAAGUUCAGAAGCCCCAGCAUAUCCAAAUGGAACUGUAUAAAUCUACAAUUUAGGAUAGGCCAUCAGAUUACAAUAAUUUGCACUACUGAUAGUAUGGCGUAUGAUUUUUAAAUAUGAGAAUGUGCUUAAAUUAAACUGUAAUAGAAUCAUCUUGCCAAAAUGCUUUAUAAGUAGACAUAAAUGCUGCAGAUUUGUAAAUGGUAUCAUUUGUUUCUGUGCCCUAAGGCAUGUUGGAACCACUGAACUGAUUUAAAAUUCUGUUCUUAUUUGCUUGCCAAACUUGCAGAAAAUAUAUUUUCGGUGGCUUUUGACCAGGAGAGGAUUUUCACGGUGUCUUGGAGCUCUUCAGGGCUUCUUGUCUGAAAAAUGUCCAAUUUCUCAUACCUAACAUUGCUGUCAGCUGCUGUGAAAUCAUUCUUUACACCCCAGCCAUUCAUAUGAUAAUUUUGGUUCUCAAGCCAACAUUAAUGUUAUUAUGGCUG